AUUUAUAAUACAUACACAUACAUAGCAUAUGAAUUUCUCUUAAAUUCUUUCAAUUUUGCUGUUAUAAAUGAUAAAAUUAUGGAAACGGUGACAUUUAAGGUUAUUAGCCAAAUGUUGUAUAAUAUUUGAAAGUUUGAAUUGAAACAUGGUGCAAUACUUCCAAACACACUCCUGUUUAUAAACCAGAUGUAAAAUGCUGUGAACCUGAAAUGGAUCAUAAAGAUUCCAGACGAUGCUCACAAAGUGUAAUCGGCUUACAAAUUAAAAACGAAAGUACCACAUGUAUGCUUGAAGAUACUGACUCUAAUGCGAAUGAUGACAAACAGCAUGAGGCAAAUGUGAGUGAUGACAAACGGUCAGAUUUAAAUUUGAAAGAGUAUGAAAAAUCAAAUGGCCCCAAUUCUAUUCAUCAUAAAAGCCAUAAAAGCUUCGGGAAUCGUCUGAAGAUUUUCUGUUUUGGAAGAGAGCUGCCAAAAAAGACAACAAAAUACUUCCGUUUUAAGAAAAUAUUUUCUGCUGUUAUUUUUAUUGCAUUGUUUUAUUAUGAUAUAGCUACAGACAUUUUAUUAGCAGUGGAUUAUUAUCGAAUUGGAGAAUUGAUGUAUUUUGGUUUAACAACCACUUUCAUUGUUGUGCCACUUUUGAUUGUUAAUGUUUAUAACAUGUUCCUCCUGUUUACUGGAGGUAAUUAUGCUGAAGAAACAAAACAUUUAACACUUAGAAUGUUGUGUUCAAUUCCGUUUAUGUCUGCACCAGUUGAUGGUAUCAUUGUGUAUGCCUAUUACAGCAUAAAAAAGGGGAUAGAUUGGGAUCGGAUAGAUGGUGAUCUCGGAACGUACUUUAAGGUGAUUGUAGCUUUCAUGGAAGACAUACCACAACUUGCAUUACAAAUGUACAUUACACUGACAGAAUCCUCGGAUGAAAUGAAUGUAUAUACACAUGUACUACGUUCUUUAUCAAUGACAGCAUCAUGGAUCAGCGUCAUCACGACGAUGAAUACGUAUGUAACCAAUGAUUACGAAUUUCAGAAGGAGAAAAAGUUACCACUUUUCGAGCAGUGUAUGUUAUUUGUGUAUAAUGCUAGUGAAACUGGAUUGAGAGUAAUUGUGUUCGUACUAUUCACUGUGCAAUUUAAGUAUAAAGUACUAGCAGUGUUUUUUCCUCACUGGACACUGUUAAUGAUUUGGUUGUUUCAUUAUCAUAAUACUACUGAUAGGGUUCAUUUCUCAUUCUGUGAUAGGAUUGUUUUCCCCUUAACACAGAGCAUCAUUUUAACUUUCUCAUCAGGGGUAGAUAAAUUUGGAGCGAGAAACCCCUGUAGUAACUCAAAUGGCUCUAUGACUUUAAAAGGUUUGGUCUAUCAUUUGCUUAUAUUCAUUGAAAAUAUUGUCAUGUUCGUAGCUUGGUUGUGCUUCACACCAUUAACUGGGUUCAUGUACUACAGUAUAAUUUGUAGUGUUGCAUUGUUUACCGUCCUUUGUAAAGUGACAAGUUUAUCAAUUCGACAAUUAAACAAAGAUUUUGUUUAGUUUUUCUUAUAACACAACUUAUUCAAUUGAUAUAUUUUUAUUAAUCUGGGUUUUUGGAAAUAACUUCUCUGUAGGAAUAUAUCAAAUGAUUACACUAAUCCUUUGUAGAAUCUUUAGAAUAUUAUUUUUUUAAAUGGUUUCACAUACUCUUUUAUUAUAUUGAACCGAAUUCGACCGAUUUAAUAUUUACCUACACCAAUUACAAAUUUGCUGUUAUUUUUUUUUUUCGUUAUUUUGUAUUAUUUUUUAGACACUUAUUACAUAGUUAAUACUUUAAUUAACUGAUUUAUUUGUUCUUCUAUAAAAAAAAAAAAAAAAAAAACUUUUGUCAUUUCACAAACAAACAUUGGGGAAAAAGGGUUCAGUCCUCAACAAGAUAAUUAGAUUAACACCUUAAUU